AUUUAAAGAGAUAAUAAUAAAUAAAAUCAUCUCUCUCUCGUGGACUUAGCCACAAGAGACCCAGCCACCAGCUUUCUUCUGCCCUUCCUCAUUCCGACGGUAGAGCGACAGUAGCAACGCCACAAUCGAUCUCCUUCUCUGUCACGGCGGCGAGGCGUCCAUAUCGGAAACCGGCGGCUUGGCGACUUCGCCCGCGGUGGACAGCAGCGGCGCUGCGGGAGGGCAGCACCGUCCCUGUCCGCAUUGACGCCAAAAUACAGAAGCACAGAGAAGUAGCAAAAAAGAGAUAUUCUUGUGAGGAAUUUGAUUCGAGAUGUUUCUGCCUUGCGUCAUGUCCUAUAUGAGAAGAGAAUUACUGAACUUCUUAAGGUUGGAAUGGACAAGAAAGCAUUAUAGUUAAGAGAAAGUUGGGAACUCAUAAAGAGCUAAGUAGAAGUGAGAAUAUGUGCAACGUUCCUUGCAAUAUGAGAUUAUUUGCAAAAAGAAUAUCCUCAUGUUGAGAUGGUUUGAUGCUAUCAACUUAGCCAUAUGUGAAUGAAACCUUGGGAUUGCAAGUUGUUUAGUUGGUUAUUUGCAGGUGUGGAUCUACUUCAAUUCUCGAAGUUACAUUUUGCUCUGCCUUCAUUUUCAUCUCUUAAGCAAAUCAAACACUCUCUACAAUCAAUCUCAACAAUGAAAGCAUCAUAGAGAGGUAAAUUUCGAUAUUACUUCACAGAGAACUGAAUCUGAAUCCUUGAAAUCCGCCCUUCUGUGUCCCGAUAUUAAGAAGUUACUUGGGUGUUAGAAUCGUUUCUAGAAACCAUUUAAAAUAGGGAAUGAGAUUCCCACGAACUCUGAAGAUAUGGAAAAUGGGAAUUGUCAAUUACAAAGAUGCACUCCAUCUACAAGAGAAGCUUGUCUCUGCUAGAAAAGCUAGUAAAAUCCCAGACACACUCUUAUCUCUACAACAUCCACCCACAUACACGCUUGGAAAAAGGCGGACCGAUCAUAAUCUGUUAAUCCCUGAGUCCGAUCUAGAGAAGCUAGGAGCUGAACUUCACUACACUGAAAGAGGAGGAGACAUUACAUUUCAUGGUCCAAAUCAAUCCAUUUUGUACCCAAUAAUUUCCCUUAGAGAUGUUGGAUUUGGGGCUAGAAAGUAUGUUGAGAAACUGGAAUUGACAAUGAUUGAGAUGGCAUGUUUGUAUGGAGUGAAAGCUAGAGCUGGGGAGAAAGGGGAAACAGGAGUUUGGGUUGGAGAUAGGAAGAUUGGAGCCAUUGGAGUUAGAAUUUCAAAUGGGAUUACUUCUCAUGGCUUAGCUUUCAAUGUGGAUCCUGAUUUGAGGUAUUUUAAGCAUAUUGUGCCUUGUGGGAUUGCUGAUAAAGAUGUGACAUCUUUGAGAAAAGAGUCUGUGGAAGUGCUUCCUAGUGAAGAAGUUAUGGAAGAGCAGUUGAUUUCUUGUUUUGUUAAGUUGUUUGGUUAUUGUAAAACUCAGGUGGAGAAGAAUCCUACCAUUGAAUUAGAUUUUGGGGAUGAGAUUUGAGAAUUUGAAAUAA